AUGCAGCAGCUUCAUCCUACCUUGAGAAACAGGCUCCUCGCGAGCCGUGGAUUGCGUCGGUCGCUAUCUGGGGGCAACAGUUCUUCCCCAGCGCACCUCGACUUUCGAGCCUUUGUUGACACUUUGCGAGAGAACAAUGACUUGACCGAUAUCACUUCUGAAGUUGAUCCCAAGCUUGAAGUUGCAGCUGCCAUCCGUCUGGCAUAUGAACAGCGCACCAAGACACCGUUGUUCCACAAUGUGAAGGGGGAAAAGGACGGCCUGUUUCGCAUCCUGGGUGCACCAGCUGGCUUCUCCAGUGACUCAAAGUAUCCUUACCGACGUCUGGCAGAGCACCUUGCUCUUCCAAAAGAUGCUGGUGUGACAGAUGUCAUUGACAAGAUGCUAUCGGCAAAAAGAGAACGGCCGCUGCCUCCAGUUCAUGUAUCCACUGGGCCGUGCAAAGAAAACAUCAUUAUGGGCGGCGAUGUUGAUCUCACCAAGCUGCCCGCUCCUCUUCUGAACAAGGCCGAUGGAGGGAACUACAUCCAGACAUUGGGGAUCAACAUCAUACCACAUCCAACAGAGCCAUGGACAAACUGGUCUAUCGCAAGGGCAAUGGUUUAUGAUAAGACGCGAAUGGUGGGUCUUAUCAUGAAGCCACAGCAUAUAGCUAGGAUAUUUGAAGAGUGGAAAAAGACCGGCAACGAUGUUCCGUAUGCCAUCGCCCUGGGUGCUCCUCCGAUCGCUACCAUGGCAGCUAGUAUGUCCCUACGUUCUGGUGUCUCAGAGUCCGAAUACGUCGGCGCACUUUGCGGAUCACCAUUAGAGCUAGUCAAGUGUGAAACCAACAACAUGUACGUCCCAGCUACAAGCGAAAUUGUCCUAGAAGGCACGAUUUCUAUCACAGAUACUGCCAAAGAGGGCCCUUUCGGCGAGAUGCAUGGCUACAGCUUUCUUGAUGAGAACUCUCAGCAACCUCUGUAUACUGUCAAAGCCAUCACCUAUCGUAACAACCCAAUUCUACCAGUUUGUGUACCUGGACGCGCGAACCUUGGCCCAGAUGAGACACAUACCAUGAUUGGAACACUUGCCUCUGCUGAAAUUCGCCACUUGCUUCAACAGCACGGUUUGCCAGUGACUCAAGUCUUUGCCUUGUUCGAGACACAGGUCAUUUGGGCGGCUGUACAAGUCGACCGCAAGAAGCUCGCCGAAAUGAAGACAAACGCCAAAGACUUGUGCACCAAGAUUGGAGAUCUCGUGUUCCACAACAAGUGCGGCAUGCAAAUCCACCGUUUGCUAGUAGUCGGAGAGGAUAUCAACCCUUUCGACAUGCAUGAUGUCACUUGGGCUUUUGCAACGAGAUGUAGACCAACGAUGGAUGAGUUCCAUUUUGAGGAUGUCCCUGCUUACCCGCUUGUGCCGUAUAUGUCGCACGGACCUGGGACAAAGCUCACAGGAGGAAAGGUCGUGGCCAAUUGUUUGUUACCGGAAGAGUAUGAAGGGAAGCAAGGCUGGGUGACUUGUGAUUUUGAGAACGGAUAUCCUGAAGAUAUCAAAAAGAGAGUCUUGAGUAGACGUCAGGAUUUUGGUAUAUAA